AUGGCGCUUCAUUUAUAUCAAGUCGCUUUCGUGGCGUCCUUUAUCCUCGUAUUCGUCCGUCUAUACCGUUACAGCAAACUCUCAGCUCGUCCCGCUGGCUAUCCCCCUGGCCCCAAGACCGCUCCAUUCAUUGGUAAUCUGCACCAACUCCCCGUGAGUCGACCUGAGCUCAAAUUCACCGAGUAUGCACGUCAAUUCGGGGCCCUCACUGGCCUCAAGCUUGGCCGCCAGAACCUUGUGGUCCUCAACACCUGGGAAGCAGUGCGCGAUCUAAUCGAGCAGAAAGGUUCCAUUUACUCUUCUCGACCUUCAAUCCCCGUGUGCGAUAUUGUGGUGCCAAAUGGUGAGAACCCUGCUCUGAGCGUCUAUGGAGACCAAUGGAGAGGGCAACGGAAGCGACUUGUGGAGUUCCUGGGCGGCGAUCGGACUGAUAAGAUGAAGCCUGUUCAGGAUGCCGAGUCGACGCAGAUGAUAUACGACAUGAUGCAUCAACCAGAGGACUUCGAACGCCACGUCGAUCGAAGCUUUGGUGCGACGAUUCUUGCGACGGUGUUUGGCAGGCGCGGUAAGACGAUGGAGCCUGGUGGGAAACUCGACAGUUUCUUCAAGGUUGAGGCGCAAUGGGCAGCGUCUCUUGGAGCCACGUCGUACCCUCCACUUAACAGCUUUCCGUUCCUAGCCAAUGUGCCGGACUAUUUGACACCGUGGAAAGGCUGGAAGGACAGGGCCUUGCUGAUCCGAAAUGAGCAAGAGCGGGUAUAUGGUACGCUUUUGAGCGAGACCAGGGAGAGGUUGACUGAGGGAAAAGGAAAAGACUGCUUCUUAGCGACGGUUCUCAAAACCCAAGUAAAAGAGCGGUACACCGACAAGCAUCUUUCUCAUCUUUCUGGUGUGUUGCUCGAAGGCGGCGCGGAGACCUCCGCGAGCUCGAUCAUGAUCUUCAUCAUGGCUAUGGCUGCGUACCCAGACGUGCUGGCCAAAGCACAAGAAGAAGUCGAUGGCAUUUGUGGAACUUCGAGAAUGCCGAACAAGGAUGAUAUAGACAAUCUGUCGUACAUCAGAUCUUGUAUGUUGGAGGUCCUGAGACAUCGGCCCAUUAUACCACUGGGUGUUCCGCACAACACGACGGCCACGGAUACAUAUGGAGACUACACCAUCCCAACCAAUACUGACAUUAUAAUCAACGCUUGGCGGAUCAACCAUGAUGAGUCAUUCUAUGAUGAGCCUGCGACGUUCAAUCCUGAUCGUUACAUGCAGGAUGAAUACGGUCGCGGUGCAUCUGUGAGAUCGCAAGACAUAAAGGGUCGACGGAUGAACUACACAUUUGGCGCUGGCCGCCGCGUAUGCCCUGGCCAGAAGUUUGCCGAAAACAGUAUGAGGAUACAUUUUGCAAAAUUAGUGUGGGCCUUCGACAUCAAGCGCACAGGAAGCUUACCUUCGCAUGAUUGGAACGGUUGGACAGAUGGACUAGUCAUCCGACCGAAGAAUCUGAAGGUUAAGUUCGAAUUGAGAAGUGGCAGGAAAGAAACUAUUGAGCACGCGUGGUCGGAGGCGGACGCCUUUUUACGUCAAUUCGAGGAGUAG